GGGACUAGCGCAUUUGUGAGAAAGACUCGAAAGUUGCACGCACGGGCUGGAAAACAACGGCCAUUUCCUCCAAGAGAACCGGUUCAAUUUAAUAAUGACAAGACGCGAGAAGGAGCAUAGUGAUAAGCCAUGCCCUCUAGAUGCUAACAUCUAUGCCACCCGAAAAACGGUGGCUCAAGGCAUGAUGGACAUCGCCUUGCUGACUGCAAAUGCCUCCCAACUAAAGCACGUUUUAGCCACAGCAGAUACUCAUGAUUAUUAUCUGAUCAAUCUAGUUUUAAUAGCAAGUUCCAUGACAUUGCAAAUACUGGUGGGCAUUCUGCUGGUAGUCGUCGGUCGAUGGAACAUCAAUCGUCGCAAAGAGCAAAAUAUCGCGAAUCUGACGAAUAAUGUCAUAGUUAUCUUGAUCUUUCUAAUAACAGUGGUGAAUGUUCUAAUUACGGCCUUUGGUGACGAGGACACGGAUCUCGCUCCAUCCUACAGCAACUGGGCGGAUGCGAGGAUGAAAGAUCGACUCAACGAUGCUGAAUCAUCUCGACUGGAAAGAGAGCUCAAGUCGACUGUCAGCUCUACCCCUCGGACAUGAUCCUUCCUUUCAAAGGAUGUUAUUAUUUAAUUGCGAAAAUUAUUUCAUUAUUUAAUCUUUGUGGCUCAAAAACGCGACUUCAAUGGAGUUGUCCAUCAUAGACUUCGAAUAACUCACUAAGCGUCAUGAAACUCUUAAUGUGUUUGGAGAAUAUAGUACUUAAUGUUUAGAUGCUGUGUUUUGUUUUUCUGUAUGUGAUGUUUUUGUGUUGAGUAAGAAAAGUUUUGAUUAGCUGAUUACCAUUUUGUUCGUGAAUUUGUUUCUAAGAUCGUUGUUAUUUUUGUUUCUAAAGAUUGCAAUUAACUGUUAAAAGAUCAUUUUGCCAAUAAAUAUUAUUUUAUUCA